CAUAAGGCCAAUUCCAAGGGCUUGAUCAAGUUUGAGCCCAUUCUAAUACGGUCACCUCAGGUGCAUCAGGCAGGGGCAGAUUUAGGAGGACUAGUGCCGCCGCCCUGCUCCCCUAAAACUUGAAAAAAAAUUCGAGGUUGUCUCCUUCAGCUUCUUCCUCUUCUCUUCGUUGGUGGCGCAAGGGUUGAGGUCCGCGCUCAACUUGCUCAACAACAAGGACAUGGAUGAGGCUUUCAGGGCACACACAAAUAUCAAGGCUCUUAGUCUUAGAGAAGUAUUUGCCCAAAUUGGCGUUGAGAAAAUUUUCACCACUCUUGUAGUAAACACUAUUGUACUAAAAUUAGAAAGAUAUGAACCCAAAUCAGAGAGCAUUGAUUUGGAGAGGCUUGAAGCUCUUGUUGAUGCGGAAAAUAUUGGCUCUCAAAGAGUGUUGGAGAAGCAUAGGUGGGCAUACGGGGGAAUAACUUUCCCCCUUCCUCCGUAUAAAUUCAUGGCUCCGCCACUGGCAUCAGUGAGUGUUGUAUAAUUACAUCCCUUAUUGAUAUUUAGAGUCUUAUAUAAAAACAUGAUU